AAAAUUUGCAAAAACAAAACUCAGCUUUCAAAAUCUCCCUUCAUCAGAUGAAUCAGUAUUUCAUCUGGAGUUCUUAAGUCUAAGUCAUUAAAAUGACUAAUUAUUUUUCUUUUUUUCUGUUUUGCUUGGUGAUUGGGAUUUAUGUGAUUCCAGAAUGUUUCUCCAUGGAGAUUGUUGGCGGGAAAGAAGUGGCUCCUCACUCCAGGCCUUUCAUGGUUUCCAUCCAGUCCGACAGCAAUCACAUUUGUGGAGGAGUCCUGAUCCACCCACAGUGGGUGCUGACAGCAGCCCACUGCCGCUUUUUGUUUGUCGAAGGCCAGCCUUCUACAGUGGUUUUAGGAGCACAUUCUCUCUCAAAGAAAGAGCCCUCCAAACAAAGGCUUGCAAUUAGAGAACUCAUACCAUUCUCAGAACAAUUAUCAGAUGACAUCAUGCUGGUAAAGCUUCACACAGCUGCAAAACUCAGCAAGUAUGUCCAGCUACUCCACCCAAGAUCCAAAAACUCUAUCAAAGAUGGAACCAAAUGCCAGGUUACUGGCUGGGGGGCCACCAACCCAGAUGUUUUAGAGAGCUCUGAUACUUUGCAAGAAGUCACUGUUACCGUCAUAAGUCGAAAAGUUUGCAACAGUCAAAGUUACUACAACCACAGACCUGCUAUAACAAAAGACAUGAUAUGUGCAGGAGAUGCCAAUGGCCAGAAGGAUUCCUGCCAGGGUGACUCAGGUGGCCCUUUGAUCUGUAAAGGUGUCUUCCGUGCCAUAGUCUCGAAAGGUGAUAAAUGUGGUGUUGCUAAGAAGCCUGGAAUCUACACCCUGUUAACAAAGAAAUACCGGGAUUGGAUCAAACACAAUCUUGCCUCACUUCACACAUAUUAAGUUUGCUAAUCAUUUGCUUGGAUCCAUCAUUUAUUUGUUUAGUUUUCCCCAUAAUAUGCUUACAGAUCACAUUAUUGUCAGAUGUAGUUGGAUAUAGGUGAAGCCACUUAUGUAAAUUUCCAUGCCCUCAAGACUCAUGUGCCAAUGAACCUAAUUCUUUUCUGUGCGUAUCGCUGAUGUAUCCUUACCAUAUUGAUGUCAUUCUAAAUAAAAUUAAUAGACUUUUGCUUGCCAUUUA